AUGAAGACGCAAUCGACUCCCAACAGUGUGAAGAGGCUUCUGAGGGAGCGCCGCGGAUUUGGGGUGACUUUCCUGAUUCCUUCGGCGAGCCAAAGGCCUUGGUCGCCGCCGGUUGGGUAUCAAUGCAUCUACGAGUCCUAUUUUCGUGACGAUACGAAGCUUUGGUUCCCAAUUCCCCGACUAGUCACGGCAUACGCGAGGCGCCGAGAUGCAGCGAUAAGACAAUUUUUGAAUGGUUCGUGGCGUAUUGCAGAUGCUUUGUUGGUUAUGGCUGCCGAGAUCGAUACCUCGCUGAGCGUUCGUACCUUUGAAGAAUUGACGUCCAGGUCCUACUUCUAUGUUAAAUGCGACGAUUUUGCCUUCGAAGACCCUCCAGACGACGACUACCGUGUCUUGGGGAACACUUUGCUUGCCGACCAUCCGACUUCUCGUGAAUACCCGGAAGAGUUUCUUGCGAAUGCUCAUGCUAUCGCGAGACUCGCUCAAGAGCACUGGGGGAAUAUUUCUUGGGAGAGGGUUCGCCGUUCGAUCGACCGUAUUUCCAGGAGGGAUUGGGAUUCGAGUUACCUUCCGUCGGUUAACAAAACCAAGAGACGUAUUUCGCUGUUCACCGGUGAGGAGCAGAAGAAGAUCAACGCAGCAAGAAAGAUGAGGGGCCUUCUGGAUCUGAGAGCUAUGAUGGCGGGAGAGCUUGGCUUAUCGUGUGCCGAGCCGUUGGUGCCUCCCAGCGAGUUGGUCACUGACGACGUGAACCUCGCGAGUUCUGACCAUCGCGAGUCCUCGCUUGUUGUUGCCGCUGCUCCUAAGAAGAAAAAGAGCAAGAAAAGAGCCCAGGACGAGCCGCCUGUCGAUGAUGACUCAAAGCAGACUGGUGAGCAUGGAACGACCAAGCGCCAAGUUUCCCCCGUUGCUAUUUCAUCGAACCCUGGGACGUCAGUCCCCAGUCCAUCGACUGGUGGUAUUCCGGUCGUAAGGAAGACUUUGAGAGUCGAGUUUCCUGACCGUGUUUCGUUUGAGUAUGACGGGCCAACUCCUCUCGUCUACGCUCCUCACAAAUGCGCGGAAUUGGUUAGCCAGAUCAAGUGCGGCCCAAAGCCCUUUCCGCCGGUCGCUGACAUGAUCUUCAAGGAUGAGUAUGUUGACGCCGCUCGCACCAAGUUGUUGUGUGACGGGGUUUCGAACUUCGUCAUCGAGAAAUAUGACUCUGCGCUGAAGGAAGCGCUUGCUGAGUCAGAGAAGCUGAAGAAGACGGUGGUGAGUAAGAGCAGACUCCUCCGUCGAAGGAAGGCGGAGUGGCAGGAGGAAUUCGAGAGGAUGGCUGAGAAGAGGAUCGCGCGGGUUGCUCGGAGGAAAGCUCAGAAGAAGAGAGCCGACGCAGCUGAAGAGGAGCUUUCCGUUGCUCGCUCCACCAUCGAGGCUCUGGAGCUGCGGAAGGCCAAUCUUAUGGAGGAGAUAGGAGCCAAGGCCGCGGAGUACAAGAAAGAACUGGACCGCCUUAGGGAUUCGCGGAUUUACGAGGUCACGAAGGAAAGGGUGAGGGUUGAGACCGAGAUGAUUGCAAAGUCUAACAAGCAUUUUGGGAAUCUGCGCGAGUGGUGGACCCGUUGUGGAUCUUUUGACACGGCGCAGUUACUCCAAAGUCAAGCGUUCGGGACUAAGAGCUGCCUCGAGGCCUUAAAGGCCGGCGGACGCGACAUCCCUCAAGAGACUAUCGACAUGUUCGCGGCUAGAGAAAAACAGUUCGAGGAGGAAGCUUUGAAGCUUGAUCCCGGCGAGAUCCCGGAGGCUGACUUGGUUCUUUCUCCACUUCGCCUCGAAUCUCAGACUGCCGGGGUUCUCCAAAGUCCCGCUGAUCGUCCUGGAACCUCUGCUGCUCCCUCUCAUUCCGUGGGAGAUGACUUGUCGAAGACUGGCGCGACCGCUACUGACUCGCGAGCCGUUGAUGGGGGAGAGAAAUCUGUUAGGAACCAGGACGGGAGCAACGUUCUUGAGAUUUAUGACUCUUCCGUUUCUGAUUCGGAGGAUGGUCAGGGUCGUGAACCAGACAAAGCUUAUGCCGGCGAGGGGGCAAACCCCUCCGAGAGUCAGCUUGAGGUUCGCGGAGAAGAGGCGAUGGCUCGCGUUGAAAGCAUCGAUGCGGGUCAACCGGUGCGUUCCGACCUUCCCGAACCAUCUCUCGACCGCGAUACCGCGCCGAAGGAACAGGCUAGGGACCCUGAAGAAUGA